AUGAACGCGAAAGCUAGCCAAGCACUAAUCGAGUUCAAAAAGAGGUUAAAACACUCAUCUCAUGUUCCUGCAUCUGUGAACUACAGAGCACAACUUACAAUGGCUUCUAUUCCAUAUUGUUUUAGUAUUUUACGUUCAUGCAAUGAAAAAAUUUGUAAUGAACGCCGUGCCACAAUAUCAGAUCCAGGAACACCACCGACACCUGUGACUGCCGAGGGUAUUCAAGGUUUUCGUCAAUACUUCCCGUUUUUUGGUCGGAGCAACAGUUUUAGCGCCGAUCCGUCAUCAUCAUCUUCAACAACAACAUCUGAUGUAUUAGCAAAAUGA